CAUCAUCCAUCCAUUGAGUAGCUCACAGUCCAAUGACUCGAUCGUGGCUUCUUCAGUUGCCGAAGAACUGUUAGUCGAAGAAGACGCAGAAAGAAAUUCCUCCGUCACUUUUGCGUGAAAGUUGCAUGAUUUUAUUCGACACCGCGGGAUUACUGUGUCAAUUUUGCUAAGAGAAUACAAAUUGCUUUGGCUUUUUCUUUUGCCAACCCACCAUUCAACUGUGUUAACGUACACCAUCAAGUGUCUCUUCUGUGCCACCCAGAAAGUGUCUCACAUUCCUCGUGUAAGAAAAUUUUUAUUUAAAAAGAAGAGUGGAAUUCUGGAACACAAAGUGUUUGGGAUAAAAUUUACGAGAUUGCGUUCCAUACGGAUUGUUCGUUGCAACGAAGCCAGAAAAGCUGCAAUUGGUGGUUAAAAUGUCUGCUGUGCUGGAAUAACGACAUUAUUGCCACAGAGUUGCAUCGCGAAAACUUAUUUGAAAAGGCACCUCUCAUUUCUAACACAUAGCUGGUGCUAAAAGUUCUCCCCCAUUCUUACAUAGAGAGAGAGAGCAUUUUGUGCAGAAGCAACGUGAUCACGUGGAGCCAUGAGUGCGAUCGUUGGGGCUGCCAAUGCAAUAGGUGGAGCAGCCGUUUCAGCUGCCAGUAGUGUUGGAUGGUUUGUGCCGAUGCUCGUGGCAGCUAUUGCCUACUUCCAGUAUGAAGAUCUUAUGGAUCCAGAGUCGAGACCCAUUGAUGUCUCCACAUCAAAUAUGCUGGACGAGUAUGAUUUUAUAAUAAUAGGAGCGGGUUCGGCGGGGAACGUCCUGGCGAACCGUUUGACUGAGGUGGAGAACUGGAAUGUGCUCCUAUUGGAAGCUGGAGGAGAUGAAACUGAGAUUUCUGAUGUACCCUUAAUGGCUGGAUACCUACAGCUCAGUAAACUCGAUUGGAAAUAUAAGACAGAACCUCAAGGAACUUCGUGUCUAGCAAUGCAAGGUGGAAGAUGUAAUUGGCCACGGGGGAAAGUUAUUGGGGGAUCUAGCGUAUUGAAUUAUAUGCUCUACCUUCGUGGGAAUAAAAAGGAUUACGAUGAAUGGGAAAAAUUAGGAAAUCCAGGAUGGGGCUACAAGGAUGCUCUGUACUACUUUAAAAAAUCCGAAGACAACACUAAUCCCUAUUUAACAAACACUCCAUAUCAUUCAACAGGAGGAUAUUUAACUGUUGGUGAAGCACCCUACCAUACACCCCUUGCAGCAGCUUUUGUGGCAGCAGGAGUUGAGAUGGGCUACGAGAACAGGGAUAUAAAUGGAGAGAAGCAAACAGGCUUCAUGAUAGCUCAGGGAACAACAAGAAGAGGAAGUCGCUGUAGUACAGGAAAAGCUUUUCUCAGACCUGCUCGACUACGGCCAAACCUCCACGUAGCUAUGAAUGCCCAUGUCACCAGGGUGAUGAUUGAUCCUGUGACGAAGAUCGCAUUCGGUGUGGAAUUUAUUAGAAAUCGUAAAGUUCACUACGUUCGUGCACUCAAGGAAGUUAUUCUAUCAGCUGGUUCAAUUAAUUCACCCCAAGUACUAAUGCUCUCUGGAAUUGGACCUAAAGCUGAGCUGCAGAAACAUCGAAUUCCCAUGAUUCAGGACCUACAAGUGGGAGAGAAUUUACAGGAUCACAUUGGACUUGGUGGAUUGAGCUUCUUGGUUAAUCAACCCGUAGCUAUUGUUGAGAAUCGUCUCCAUUCAAUGUCAACUGUUCUGCAGUAUGCCGUCUUUGGACAAGGACCUCUAACCAUUCUAGGAGGAGUUGAGGGAUUAGCUUUUGUGAAUACAAAGUACGUUAAUGCAUCAGACGACUAUCCAGACAUAGAAUUCCACUUUGUUUCGGGAUCAACAAAUUCAGACGGUGGAGUUCAAUUGAGGAAAGCUCAUGGCUUAACUGAAGCUUUCUAUGAUUAUGUUUUCGGACCGAUUAACAAUAAGGACACAUGGAGUAUCAUUCCAAUGCUACUAAGGCCUAAAAGUAUUGGUUCCAUUAAGUUGAGGAGCAACAAUCCAUUUGACUAUCCCUACAUAUAUCCUAAUUACUUUAAGGAUGAUCACGACAUGAAAACCCUUAUUGAGGGAGUUAAGAUUGCCGUUGCGCUAUCUAGGACACAGUCUAUGCAGAGAUUUGGAUCUCAACUUGCAGCUUACAAUUUCCCCGGAUGUAUGCACAUAAAAAUGUUCACCGAUGCAUACUGGGAGUGUAUGAUUCGUCACUACACAGUAACAAUUUACCACCCCGUGGGAACUUGCAAGAUGGGACCCUAUUGGGAUCGUAGUGCCGUCGUAGAUCCACAACUCCGGGUCUAUGGCAUUCGUGGUCUUAGGGUCAUUGAUGCCAGCAUUAUGCCAAAACUCGUGAGCGCCAACACGAAUGCCCCCACGAUUAUGAUUGCCGAAAAGGGAGCGGACAUGGUGAAGGAUUUCUGGAUAAAGCGCAGCCAAAUGUUUUAGCAUAAGCAAAAGUUCCACGGAAGAUCCAUUCCGAUGCUGUGAUUUGUGAUAAGCUACAAGAGAAAUGCGCCAUUUUUUCGUGUAAUUCUGUGGCUCAGAACUUCUUAUGUAAAAAGCAGGAGGUCGAUUCAUUUGCAGACGGGGUUCAAAUUUGACAAGAAAAAAGUCUGACUGAGGAAGCACUAUUUAAGAGAAAAUUCGUCGUGGUAAAUAAAAACUACAAAUUGUAUGAAUGAUUUUUUUUAAUUUUAAGAAAUAAAUUUUAUAAAAAAAAGAAAA